UGACACUUAUAGCUAAUGAUCUUUGAGUAUUUUUAUCUGCCGAGUCCAAAUAGAUAAGUCUUACGAGCUGGUCUAUAAAAACGGCAUUUAAGCAUUCUGUAUUGUAAGAUACACACAUUUUGCUAAAAAAGUCAAACUCGAAAGAAUUUUCUACCGAAUAUUCACAAAAAUGGUUAAUCCCGAAGACGUUAAAAAGUAUUACGACGAAGGAUUUCUAGUAAUACCAAAUUUCUUAACUUUGGAAGAAGUUGACUUAUUAAAGUCUGAAUGUAUGAAAGUAAUUCAGAAGAUGAAUCCUUCAGAUACAUCCGUGAUUCACGUUGGGAGUUAUGAGAGAGGGGAUGACUAUUACAUGGAGUCUUCGAGUAAAAUUCAUUUCUUCUUCGAAGCAGAUUCUAUUGACGAUAAAGGCGAAUUAAUUAUUCCAAAGGAAGAUGCUGUAGAAAAAAUGGCUCACGCAUUGCAUUUGUGCAAUGAUGUUUUCAAAAAAUUUACAUUUAGUCAAAAAGUAAAGGACCUUCUAAAAAAAUUGGGAUUUGUUGAUCCUGUUGUUACUCAGAGCAUGUAUAUAUUUAAGCAUCCUCGAAUCGGCGCUGAAGUUAUCCCUCAUCAAGAUGCUACCUUUCUACAUACCGUACCUGAUUCUAAUUUAGUUGGUUUAUGGUUUCCCAUCGAAGAUGCCACGUUACAAAAUGGCUGCCUUCAUUUUGUACCCGGCUCACACAAAGGAGAAGUAUACAAAAGAUACGUUAGAAAUUUUGAUGGGACAAAUUCAAUGAAAACCGUGUUAAAGCCUCCAGAUUAUAGCGAUGAAGAUUGGGUUCCUGCAAUAGCUCCCAAAGGAUCGUGUGUUUUGAUACACGGCAAGGUUUUCCAUAAAAGCGAAAAGAAUUUAUCUACUGAACCUCGUCCCGCUUAUACAUUUCACAUUGUAGAAAAUUACAAUACGGUUUACAGCAAAGAAAAUUGGGUGCAGCCACCUCCAAAUUCUUCUUUCCUGUCUGUAUAUGACACCGAAGUCGAAUAAAGAAAAAUAAUAACGAUUCAAAUGUAAAACAACAACCUUUGUUUUUUCUCACAAAACUUAUUGCAAGAAAUUUAUGAUUUUUGAAAUUUUUGCACUUUUAUGAAUUAUACAUAUUUAAAUAAAUGUUAAAAUAUAGUAUUUGAUGGAA